ACGUCCCGCCCAUGUGUGACAGCUAACCAAUGGGUGUGUUCGUGGGCGGAGCCUGCAGGACAUUGGCGGAGGAUUCAAACUGAACAUGGCGGCGGGGAAGGAUGCCGACGAAAACUCGCACAAAAGGAGGGGAACCGUGUCCAGCAUGGUGAUCCGGCACGAGGAAGCGCCCGCAGGCUCUCCGGCGGGGCGGCCGCCCGUCAUCUUCAACCCGGAUUUCUUUGUGGAGAAACUGCGGCACGAGAACCCCGAGGUCUUCCUGGAGCUGGUGAUCAGUAACGUCACUCGCCUCAUCGAUCUGCCCGGAACGGAGUUUUCUCAACUGCUCGGCGAAGAGGGACCGAAGACCCCCACCGGAGGGAACGGGGGCUUCUUCCGCUCGCUCAACUUCCUCAAACGUAAAGAUAAAGGCUUCGUCUUUGGGAGUCCGCUGACGGACGGCUGCAUCGCUCAGAUCUACCAGCUCAUCGAGUACCUCAGCAGAAAUCUUCACGUAGAGGGUCUGUUCCGCGUCCCGGGGAACAGUGUCCGGCAGCAGACCCUGAAGGAGCUCCUGAACAGCGGCGCCGACGUGGACCUGCACUCCGGAGACUUCCACCCCAACGACGUGGCCACGCUGCUGAAGACCUUCCUGGGGGAGCUGCCCGAGCCGCUGCUGACGCACAGACACUUCAACGCUCACCUGAAGAUCGCAGACAUGACGCUGUUCGACGAGCACGGCAACAAGACGACGGUUCCCAACAAGGAGCGCCAGAUCGAGGCGCUGCAGCUGCUCUUCCUGCUGCUGCCGCCGGCCAACCGCUCGCUGCUCAAGCUGCUGCUGGACCUGCUGUACCACACCGCCAAGCUGCAGGACAAGAACAAGAUGUCUGCACACAACCUGGCCCUCAUGUUCGCCCCGCACGUCCUCUGGCCCCGACACAUGACGGCGGCCGACCUGAAGGACCACCUGAAGACGCUCAACACCAGCAUGGCCUUCCUCAUCAAACACUCGCAGAAGCUUUUCCGGGCUCCGCUGUAUCUGCGGGAAUUCGCCCGGGUCCACUUCUCCGGGACCAGAACCCUGCAGUCCAAGGACGACCUGGAGCUGCUGGCGGCGAGCAGCUCUCCGGCUCCCAGGACGGUUUUUCCCCGGAAGAGGGCGGCGGUCCUGGCCCCGCCCCCCCAGGAGGCGUGCGGGUCUCCGGCCCAGCAGUACACGGACGAGGCGCUGAAGGAGCUCUUCCGGCACGUCCACCAGAACAUGCCGGACUCGGCCAAGAAGAAGAAGCUCGUCCGACAGCUGGUCAGACAGACCAACGCGGCGGCGCCGGCUGAAGACCCGCAGGCUCCGCCCCCUCCCAGCAGGAAACACCCGCGCUCGCGCUCCUUCGGCGGCCUCAUUAAGCGCAGAACUCGAGGCGAGCAGCUGACGGCGGAGAGGCGGGGCAGACACGGCUCCCCCGACGGCGCCGGCCAGAGAAAAGGCGGCAAAGAGAACGUCGUCCUGCAGGCGGUCAACAGUCCGCUGAGCGGUUCCGUCUUGGGGAAAUCCGGGCUGGUUGUGAGAAAUCCAGACUUUCUGUGGAACCGAGACGAAGCGCUGAAACCUCCGAAGCAGGAAUCUCCGUCCCAGCCCAGGAUGUGUCCGUCUGCUGUGUAGGAGCGUCUGGACCGGAUGGAACUCUCCCCGUCUGUUUGUGCCCCCCGCACCGCGUGUACAGCGUCCGGCCGAUGUUACAGAUAUUUAUCGAUAACGUUUGAGUCCAGCAGAAACAUGGAAACGCUGCAGGACGGAUCCGAGGUUUCUACUGGAAACGUUUCUAGUGUGAAGAUGUUCCUCUGAUUUAUAGUUCUUGGGAGAUGUUUGUUUGUUUGUUUGUUUGUUCUGGUGGUACAGCGUCAGCCUGUUUACAUCACGUUUUUAGAGGAUGAAGUUCCUCCAGAUCGUUGAGUCCGACUUCACAGCUGCGAAUCACAAGCAGACUUCGUUUGUUUUAGAUGUUUACUGUGUGAAAAUGUGAAACGUUUCGGUUCAGACGUUUAUGAACUUUAUUUUUAUUGUUUUUAACCUUAGCUGGGGUGGGGGGGGUUUAAAGGAAAGUUGAAUGAAGGUUUGUGUUUGAAGGUCGUUCAGGUGAGGAGUAAGGAGGGGGAGGAGUCAUGGUCAGGGCUGCAGGUUUCAAGGUUUUCAGAGGAAGUUAUUAUGGGAUGUUUGAGAGGUGUUGCUGCCCCCCCCCCCAGUGUUUUAUUAUUCUUCUGAACCCGGUUCCUCUCUGGCUGCAGUUUUACAAAGCUCCAGAAGGUGGCGCUGCAUGUCUUGCAGCUGCUUUUGUUGCAUUUUGGGAGUUCUCUGGUGGUGGGGGGGACUUUUAGUUUUUUUUACAGUGGAACAAAAUGCCCCCCCUCCCUAAUGUUACAAAUGUGAAACUCUUUUGUUUGGUUUUACAGCCGAACAUUUAACUUUUUUAUGUUUUAACAGAGUUCUCUGGCGUUUCUGUGAACUUUUCUGUAACUUCUGGUUCAAAUCUGUGGUUAUUUUUGUGUAAAAUAAGAUGAGUUUGUCCACUGCUUUCCUUGGCAUUUAAUCUGCUUUGGAUUAAAACUUUAUAUUUCCACUAAAACGGUGUGUUUGAAGCUUCA